UAUAUUGUAUUGUGAAGUGUGAGGCGACAAAAUUCAGGGAAGACCGAACCGAAGACAAUCAGAGAUCGUGAGAAGAAAACAGAUCUAUUCUACAACGAUGUCGUCCGGCAAUGAUCCUCGGCAGCCGUCAUCGGCGAAGCCUUACAAGCCUCAAGCGGUUCAUCCUGAUAAUUUGCCCAUUGAUUACUCUGGUUUCAUCGCCAUCAUCUUCGGCGUCGCUGGCGUUAUGUUCCGGUACAAGCUUGGUUCAUGGCUUGCUCUCAUAUUCUGUGCUCAGUCUCUUGCUAACAUGAAGAAUAUAGAGACUGAUUUAAAGCAGAUCUCCACAGGAUUUAUGUUUGCUGUUAUGGGAAUGGUGACAAAUUACUUAAGCCCUGCUCGACCAGGAGUGAAGACGACUUGAGAUCUUGACUCACUUUAGUUUACACCCAGUGAUUCAAAAGUUUUCUUUGGAAUGCUCUUUUCUGUGAUGUAAUCCCAUAGUCACUGUUCUGAACUUAGGUAGUGAACUAUUAUCCCAUGUUUUUGUUUGUAUUAAAACUGAAAUUUAUUA